CGACUGCUAAAGCUCGUGAAAGACAUAACAACGCAUCCAACCAACUUCGCAAUGCAGAAAGGAAAUUGUCGGAAGAAGAGCAAGCCCUUUCCAAACUCUCUGAUCCCGCUUGGUUCGGAGUUGAUGGUAUACCUAUGAGGUCUGUCUAUUUGGACAAGCAACCCAGAAGGGUAACAAGGGCGGUGGCAACCACAGUCUUGGGUACGUCUAUAUCCGCAAUGUUUGCCUCUCAACCUAACAUCCUGGCAGUCGUUUCGCUUCCUGGAAUACGAACGCCCCUGUUGGGACACCAGAAUAUUAUUCUAGACAAGUCUAUAAACAUGGAGCUAGAUGCUGGAACGGUCCCGAGCGAAGUUGAUCUUGUUUGUGGCACAGAAAACGCGUUGUUGACCGUAUCUGAACCCGAAAAGUGCGAGUACCACGUAACAGGUACUACCCCGGCACUAUGUAUUAAUGGUGGAAAUGCUUCUGCGGAGACUUCCUCUUCUACGAAGGCAGAUCCCACACUGAAGGAGGAGCUGUAG